CGUGUUGUGUGGAGUUCUUUGUUAUUCGUCUCCUGAAGUAGCCCUAGAUCUUCGUAUCCAUCUUCUACCUUCGAUUGAUAAUAUACAUUGAUUCACCUUGUCUCAGGGCAAAUCAUCUUUCGGUAGAGGAUGGACGAUAGCUGUGCGGUCUGUGCGGAGACUUUGGAAUGGGUAGCCUAUGGACCUUGCAGUCAUCGCGAUGUCUGCUCAACCUGCGUCGUUCGUCUUCGCUUCAUCUGCAACGAUCGCCGUUGCUGUAUUUGCAAGGCCGAAUCAAACAUCGUAUUCGUUACUAAGGCUUUAGGGGACUACACAAGGGUAAUCAGUGACUUCUCACUAUUUCCAUCUGAGUUAAAGGAGGGUAGAGUGGGGUCGUAUUGGUAUCAUGAAGACACGCAGUCUCUAUUCGAUGAUUUGGAGCACUAUAAGAUGAUCAAGGCUAUGUGCAGACUUUCCUGCAGUGUAUGUGACAAGAUGGAUAAUCAUCAAAAUGAUGGGUCAAAAUGGCGUGGCAGGUUCAAGAAUAUUGAGCAACUAAAGGGGCAUCUGCAUCAUCAGCAUAGAUUGCUCAUGUGCAGCUUAUGCUUGGAAGGAAGGAAGGUAUUCAUUUGUGAACAAAAGCUGUACACUAGAGCACAACUAAAACAACAUAUUACUAGUGGCGAUUCUGAGGUUGACGGAACUGAGGACGAACGAGGUGGCUUUUCAGGACAUCCUAUGUGUGAAUUCUGCAGGACACCUUUUUACGGUGAUAAUGAACUAUACACACACAUGUCAACUGAACACUAUACAUGCCACAUAUGUCAAAAGCAGCAUCCUGGACAGUAUGAGUACUACAAGAAUUAUGAUGACCUGGAGGUCCAUUUCCGUAGAGAACAUUUCCUAUGUGAGGAUGAAGUCUGUCUCUCUAAAAAGUUCAUGGUCUUCCAAUCUGAGGCGGAGAUCAAGAGACACAACACUAUAGAACAUGGAGGACGCAUGUCUCGGUCUCAGCGUAGUGCUGCCCUUCAGAUACCUACGAGCUUCCGAUUUAGGAGAAAUGAUGAAAACAAUCACCGUGGAAGGGGGCGUGGAUUCGGUCGUGGAUUCGGUCGUGAGUCCUCUAGUAAUCAGCUUGCCAGGGCAAUUCAAGCGAGUCUAGAAACUUAUAGUGCAGAUCCUGAUCCAUCUUCAUCAUCCCAUGCCCAAGCAAGCUCAGGUGCUCACAUAGGGAUGCUCGAUAUUGAUCCAAUUGUUGAACCAUUUGAUUCCCUUACUGUCACAGAUGCUGAGCGAUCCUCAAGAUACCUUCAAGCUCUGUCACACAAUGCAAGGAACUCACAGCUGGAAGAGACGGCAUUCCCUCCUCUAGCACCUACUAAUCCAAUAAAAACAAAACAAGAAUCCGAAGUUAUUCAUAACGAUUAUUCCAUGGCAGCACAUCUUCGCCGUAAAAGCAACAGAAAUGUGAACAUCUCUUCCAGUUCAUCCAGUUCAUCAGUGACUCAAGGAUGGCCAAUUCCAAGCCGAGGUGGGCCUAUGGCAUCUUCUGUAGGAUCUACAAUGGAUGGUGCAUCUGGGUCUUCUUUAUCUAAUUCAGUUCGUGAACCUUCUCCUUCACAUUCUGUUUAUGCUAAUAAGAAGUCGGGCAGCGCGGGCAGGAUUAGUCAUUCACCUUCUGCCCCUAACCUUGUUUCAAGUGAACAACUUGUUGAUGAUUUUCCCCCAGUAUCAUCUGCCAUACAGAUGCCCACCAAGUCCAACCAGAAGAAGAAUGUGCUUAAAGUGGAAGAUGUUCAGACUGCAAACAAGUCUUUGGUGGAAAGAAUCCGAUCAGCUCUUAACUUUGACGAAGAUAAAUAUUCUCUUUUCAAAGCAAUAUCUGGAGAGUAUCGGCAAGGAGUAAUGGAUGCAGGGACGUAUCUGGCACAUGUGCAAGAAUUUGGUUUGUUGCAUCUUGUUGUUGAGUUGGCUAAUCUCUGCCCCGAAACCGACAAACAGAGAGAGCUCAUCGACACAUAUAAUGUUAAUUUUUCAAGCGGGAAUGACAAAUCAAAGAAGAAGGGUAAGGGGAAAUAUGCAGCUGCUGAAGGAGGAAGAAGAUUAGAAGAUGAUAUUAUGGAGACUGUGCGGAAAUUGCAAUCAGAAACGAGGCCUUCAGAGGAAGAUGUGGUUGAGGUUUUGUCAAAAGAUGGGUAUAGAGGUGGUGGUCCGAAAGGCAAAUCAAAACAGGUUAUUGCAGAAGAAGUGGUUGGAAAAGGCAACAACGUUAGUAGUAGCAGCAGCAAGCAAGGGAAAAAGAGUUCAAAGUUUCAUAGAGCUCGUCUUGGUGAUGGUUCGGUGGCGGCACUUCUUGAUUUAAGAAAUUCAGACCGCACAGAUGAAGAAGAAGCACCCGAAAAGAAUUACCUGAGCGAAGGCAGUUUGCCUGUUCGGGGUGUUUGGAAGAAUGGUGGAGGUCAGAAACUGGUGUAUAAAGCUGUCCACAAGUAGAGUGUUUCUUUGGUUGGUUGGUUUGGGUAAAUAUUCUCAUACUUUUUUACCUGGGAUUUUGCUGCCUCUGUUGAAAGUAUAUAACUGUUUUGGUUUUUACUUGAUAUAAAUGUAGUGUAUUGUGGAAGAAGGGUGGUUUUGUCUGUCUAUUAUUUAUUUUUAGUAUUGAGGUCCGAGUCUAUUGUUCCUAUCACAUCUGAAAUUGGCAGGAAGUUGAAGGAAUGUUUGACUUUUAUUUACAACCAUCUGUCUAAUGGUUGUUCUUUUUCUUUGUUUUAAUAAAUUCCAUCUGUCUUUUUUCUUU